GGCCCGGUCGUCGCAAUGACCUUCAACUUCAUGGUGGCUGUUGGGAUCAUUCUGGCAAACAAAUUGGUAAUGGGAAGAGUUGGAUUCAAUUUCCCAAUCUUUCUCACCCUAAUCCAUUACACAACAGCUUGGAUUCUACUUGCAAUAUUCAAGGCACUCGCGAUUCUUCCCGUUUCCCCGCCUUCGAAAGCUACUCCUUCCUCUUCUCUCUUCUCCUUGGGAGCUGUCAUGGCUUUUGCCUCUGGUCUUGCCAAUACCAGCCUAAAACACAACAGUGUGGGGUUCUACCAAAUGGCAAAAAUUGCUGUCACUCCAACCAUUGUUUUCGCCGAGUUCAUUCUCUUCAAGAAAACAAUUCCUUUCAAAAAGGUUUUGUCUUUGGUUGUUGUUUCAGCAGGUGUGGCAAUUGCAACUGUCACAGACUUAGAGUUCAAUCUAUUUGGCGCCAUAAUCGCCAUUGCGUGGAUAAUCCCGAGCGGGGUUAACAAAAUCCUAUGGUCUAAUCUCCAACAGAGUGACAAUUGGACUGCUCUUGCGUUGAUGUGGAAGACAACCCCAAUUACCAUUUUCUUCUUGGUAGCUUUGAUGCCAUGGUUGGACCCUCCAGGAAUACUUUCCUUCAAGUGGGAUAUCCACAACUCAACUGUCAUUCUCAUAUCCGCUCUCCUCGGUUUUCUCCUCCAAUGGUCUGGAGCUUUAGCACUAGGGUAA